AACCAAUCAACUGGAAGGAACACAAAUUAACAAGCACAGAUGAUAACUUGGUGCGGCAUCUACGGUAGCGACUAAACUGCCUUAUAGCCGGCUGCCGAAAGCCAUUCCGUUCCAUUUCAAAGGCCAGAGGGAAGGGGAUGAUGAUGGUUCAAGUACCAAUACGUUUCCGGCCGCCUCCACGGCCCACCGUCGACAAACUGCUCCUGGCAAUGCGUUUUAGAGCCUCCGCCGCCAUCAGGGAAGCUUUUCCGUCCUUUUUGCCGGCGCAAGUGCAUGAUAUCAAAGACCCAUUUGCUAGGAAGUUGGCCGCCAGGAUUGAGAGGCUCCCUGUCCAGCUGGCACAGGUUAGUUUCUCUGAGGGUGCUAUCAUGAGUAGUUGUGUGAAGCCCUUGCUACAGACUGACUCAAAUCCAGUGGUUCUCUUGCACGGUUUUGACAGUUCCUGCUUAGAAUGGAGAUACACACUUCCACUGCUUGAGGAGGCUGGUUUGGAGACCUGGGCAGUGGACAUUCUUGGUUGGGGCUUCUUGGAUCUGGAGGGGGAGCUUCCUUUAUGUGAUGUGGCUGCCAAGCGUGAUCAUCUUUAUCAGUUUUGGAAGUCCUAUAUCAGAAGGCCAAUGCAGCUAGUUGGACCAAGCCUUGGCGCUGCAGUUGCAAUUGACUUUGCCUUCCAUCAUUCAGAAGCUGUUGAGAAACUGGUACUGAUUGAUGCAAGUGUUUACUCAGAAGGCACCGGCAACAUGAAGACGUUACCAAAAGUAGUAGCCUAUGCUGGGGUUUAUUUGUUGAAGAGCAUCCCACUGCGUUUCUAUGCGACAUAUUUGGCCUUCAAUGGUUUACCAUUCAAUACCUGCUUAGACUGGACUAAUGUGGGCCGUCUACAUUGCCUUCUGCCUUGGUGGGAGGAAGCUUCUGUGGCUUUUAUGAAUAGUGGAGGUUAUAAUGUCAUCUCUCUGAUAGAAAAGGUAAAGCAAAAGACGCUUAUUGUAUGGGGUGAGGACGAUCCAAUUAUCAGCAACAAAGUUGCCAUGAAGUUGCAGCAUGAACUGCCAAAUGCAACCGUGCUCCAAGUGCCAGACUGCGGCCAUAUACCUCAUGUGGAGAAACCCAGCAUCGCUGCGAAGUUGAUUGCAGAAUUUUGUCGAGAUGAUUGCAAGUUAGAGGUUCAUCUAGCAUCAGGGUAUUAGAUGCCUCCUCUCUUUCUAUGUCGACAUAUUUCAAGCCAAACUUGUGAUUCUUGUGAAUAUUGGCAAUGAAUCAAUGAUUUCUGAGUUCAAGGUAGUGACAGAUCUUUUUCUUUCUUUCU